CGACGCCUCACACGCAUCCUCUCGGCAAAUCCUCUUUCUCCUCUCCGUCUCUCUCUUUCUUGACUCUCUCCAUCUCAACUCCAACCAAUCCAAUCUCGAGUGUCCUUUGGGGGCAGAAAAAUCCCGUUCCGUUCGUGGAAAGCGCGUCUUCCUCGGCCACUCGUAUUCCCUACUCUGGUCUAAAUUUUGCGCGGCUCAACCGCGACCCAAACCCGACAACCCGAUAGCCGGCCGGCAGCGCUGCGCCCGGAAUCUUCUUCCUCUCCUCCUCCCCUUUCCUCUCCUCUCAUGGGUGACAUGACUUCGAUUUGUUCAGGAAGUACAGAGUACUCUUUCUAGGAGUAAUGAGUACAAGCACCUCUGGAGACACAAUUGAGGAACAUGGAACUCCCAUUGACGAGGAGAAGAAGAGAGUCCAAUGCAAGUACUGUGCGAAGGAGGUUGGAGGCUUUAGCCGUCUCAAGCACCACCUGGCUGCUGUUGGGAGUGACGUGACUGCAUGCAUUAAAGUUCCAGCUGUUGUAAAGGUUGGGAUGAGGAAUGCCUUGCUUGAGAAGAAGAAAGAACGACUACUCAAGGAGGUUGGGAGAAUAGAACAUCCUGAGCUUCCAUUGAAGAGGAAAUUUUCUCCUGCAUCCGGUGAACAGCGAUGUUGCCAGCCUAAAUUAACCCCUAUGACUGGUUCAAUUGAGGGCAAUGGAGGAACAGAGAUUAGUGUGGGUGAGAGCUCGAGCAUAAAUAACUUUUGUCCUAAACAAUCCCUUGAGAAGGGAAUGAAUACUUUGGAUCCUCACUCAGCUGAAACUGUAAAUCAUAGCACCCCCAGAUCAUUCAUUGGAGAAAACAUUUACAAAGUAAUCAAGGAAGAAGCGAAGGACGAACCAGCAUGGCAUGCAGCGAGGUGUAUCGGUAGGUUCUUUUUUGAGGCUGGCAUUGAUACUGCCAAUAUCAAGUUACCUUCUUUUCAGGGGAUGGUCGAUGCUGUCAUUGGCUGUGGGACUGGGUACAAGGUUCCAACCUAUGAUGAAUUGAAGGGAAUGAUCCUUCAUGAGGAGACAACUGAAGUUCUUAAGCAUGUGGAGGAUGUGAAGCAGUCUUGGGGACGAACUGGGUGUAGCAUCUUGCUAGAUGGUUGGAUUGAUCAAAAGGGCAGAAGCCUAAUAAUUUUUCUAGUGAAUUGCCCCCUAGGCACAAUUUUUCUGAGAUCUGUAGAUGCAUCCAAUGCUGUUGAAGACCCUGACACAUUGUUCUUGUUGAUCUGUGAUGCCAUUGAAGAGGUGGGAGUUGAGUAUGUUGUUCAAGUGGUUGCUCAUGAGACAUCAGAUUGUAUGGAGGCUACUGGAAAGAGAAUUAUGGAAAAGUACCGAACCAUUUUUUGGACACUCUGUGCAGACUAUUGUAUAAAUAUCAUUUUAGAGAAAAUUCAAGCGCUUGAUUAUGUUAAUAAGUUACUAAGUGAUGCUAAGGCCAUUACAAGAUUUAUUUAUAGUAAUGCCUUGACACUGAAACUAAUGAAAGAACACAUGCGAGGAAAUGAUCUUGUUCGAACCUCCAACUUAGAAUCAGUGGCACCUUUUGUUACAUUGCAGAACAUGGUAGCUGAGAGAGAGAAUUUACUCAGCAUCUUCAACUCUCCAAUAUGGGAUACCUCCGAUUUGGCUUCUAAUACAAAGGGUAAAAACAUAUCUAAGUUGGUACAAAAUUCUUCAUUUUGGGUUGCUGCAGUUGAUGUCUUGAAGGUCACAAAUCCACUUAUUGGUAUCUUGCACCAGAUCAGCGGGAGGGAUAGAUCUCCAAUGGGAUUUUUGUAUGAUUCCAUUGAUUGUGCAAAAGAACUAAUUAAAAAGAAUUUGGGAGGUGAAGAAGCAAGAUAUAGUCAUAUUUGGUCUUUAAUAGAUGAUAUAUGGGAUAACUAUCUCCACAGCCCCCUUCAUUCUGCAGCAUAUUUUUUGAAUCCAAGUCUCUUUUACUCGAGUGAUUUCUAUGUUGAUGCUGAAGUCACUAAUGGAGUACUGUACUGCAUUGUGAAAAUGACUAAGGACCAACGGGACCAAGAGCUGGUAGUUCUCCAACUCGAUGAGUAUAGAGAAGCUAAAGGUGAAUUUUCUGGGGAGGCAGCAGUUGGUCAAAGAACAAAAGUUUCACCAGACAUGUGGUGGUCACUGCAUGGAUGUCAAUGCCCUGAACUACAAAGACUUGCAGUUAAAAUCCUAAGCCAGAAUUGUUAUGGUCCGUCGAGGUACAUGCUAAGGAAGGCUAUAUCUGAGCAGCUACAUGCCGAGGCAAGGAAUCUCAUGGAACAACAGCAGUUUCGUGAUCUGGAGUUCGUCCAUUACAAUCGUCAUCUGUGGCUUUCACCGUCCAGCUUGAAGCAAGAGGUCGAGUUUGUACAAGAAGACCUGAAACCCUCGGAAGAAUGGAUUGUAGAUAACAACUGAUGGCUUCAAUCAACUCCUUUAAGACUUGUAGUGCUCAUAGAGCUGGGCUGGUAGUCAGCAACAGUUUCCCUCAACCCCUUGUCAUUUCAUGCCUUUAAAUGUGUCCAUAGUUUACCAUCUCAGAUCUUGCAUGUACAUCUGGUUGCUAGAUUACUUGGUAGGUAAGUUAGUUAUAUACAUUUCAGAGUGCAACCAUAUUGCUUAUAGUCUUUCUGGUUAGGUAUUACAACUAUUAACAACAGAUGAUUUCCAGACUA